UCGGUGCCGUCACCUGAUAUCUCACCAUGUCUUCUCACAAGACUUUCAGAAUCAAGCGAUUCCUUGCCAAGAAACAAAAGCAAAACCGUCCCAUUCCCCAAUGGAUUCGGAUGAAAACGGGUAACAAAAUCAGAUACAACUCUAAGAGAAGACACUGGAGGAGAACCAAGCUGUGUCUGUAAGGAUUUUCACACUCCGUGAUUGAUUCUACCAAAAUGUCAGCACUGCAGAGGUUUCUGCAUGUUAAAUUGAAAUCCUAUUUUACUUUC